UUGAGUCUUGACUGACUGAUCUACGACAUGACGUCAUCUUGAAGCUUGACGACGUGUCACACGACGAAAGUUUUUUUUUUUGCAAGGCAAUAAUGUUUUUUUUUUGUGGGUUGGUGGGUUGGUCACGAAAUGCAAUGAUGACUUUGGAUGGAAAUGAGAACGAGGUCGUGACUCGUGGGGAGGGAGUAAAGUCAACGGAGGGUCAUUGACCGUUAUACAUCCUCUUCGUCUUCGUCUUCGUCUUCGUCUUCCUCGUUGACUGAUAUAUCCGUUUCUUCUACAUCUACUGAUCUCCGACUCUGUGCUUUUUUUGGUGUAUGUAUAUGUCAGACAGACACGUGCGGAGGACAAAUACCCUCGAUUGUGUUCUGUUUUUCUUCAGGGAGGCUUCGAUCUAGUCAUGAAGAGAGGUUGCCUCAGCCCUAAUCUCAAUCUCUCUCUUCCUCCUCCCGAGCAAUCCAUCUCCAAAUUCCUGUAUCUCUCUCUCUCCGCCCUUUUGCUCAAUGGGUUUUAAGUUUCCGACACAGAGCGGGACGUUCAAGGACGGUGACCUUCGAGUGAACAAGGACGGCAUCCAGCUCGUGUCUCAGUCCGAACCCGGGGCUCCGCCUCCAAUAAAGCCUUUGGAUGACCAAUUGAGCUUAGCGGACUUAGAAGUGGUUAAAGUCAUCGGGAAAGGAGGCGGUGGCAAUGUCCAGUUAGUGAAACACAAACUCACUUGUCAGUUCUUCGCUCUCAAGGUCAUUCAACUGAACACGGAAGAAUCGACCUGCCGGGCCAUUUCUCAGGAGCUGAGGAUAAACCUGUACUCGCAAUGUCCGUAUCUCGUCUCGUGUUAUCAAUCUUUCUACCACAACGGAGCUGUUUCGAUCAUCCUCGAGUUCAUGGACGGUGGGUCACUCUCCGACCUUCUGAAAAAGGUCGGGAGAAUCCCGGAGGACAUCCUCGGCGCCAUCUGUAAGCGAGUUCUUCGAGGCCUGUCUUAUCUUCAUCACGAGAGGCGGAUCAUUCACCGUGACCUGAAACCAUCAAAUCUUCUGAUCAAUCACAGAGGUGAAGUCAAGAUCACAGAUUUCGGUGUCAGUAAGAUCUUGACGAACUCGACCAGCCUAGCUAACACGGUCGUGGGCACGUACCACUAUAUGUCUCCGGAGAGAAUCCGCGGAAAUUCGCAUGGGAACAAGAGCGAUAUCUGGAGCUUAGGCUUGUUGUUUCUCGAGUGUGCGACGGGGAAAUUCCCGUACUCGCCUUCCGAACCUGGGGAGAGAUGGACGAACGUAUACGAGGUGGUGGACGCCAUUGUUGAGAGCCCGCCUCCUCGAGCUCCGUCCGGUCAGUUUUCUCCGGAGUUUUGCUCGUUCGUUUCCGACUGCAUACAGAAGAACCCAGAAGACAGAAAAUCAGCAAGGGAGCUUCUGGAACAUGGGUUCGUGAAAAUGUACGAUGAAGCGAGCGUGGAUCUGUCGUCUUAUUUCUCAAACGCAGGCUCCUUGACCCCCAAGCUUCCCAUUUAGAUUGAACGGCCAUGACAUGUAAGGGUGUUCAUGUUGUCGGGAGGGGAAUAUAUAUAUCGAUUUUGCCCAAAUAUUCUAAACAAAUAAUAUUUUUUU